UUCUUUUCUUCCAUCUUCCUCUCAUCUCUGGAAGCUCCAUCCGUAUUGGAAUAGGCAGCAAUUAUUCCCAUCUCUAUGAACAGAGCAUUCUGCCGUGUAAAAAGGAAGAACUACAGUGUGGUGACGGUCUCUGCCUCUUAAACUGGCUGCGCUGUCACUAUAAGAAGGACUGUGGCAGAGACUACAUGUCCAUCAAACUAACAUGCUCAAAAGUUCACUUGAACCAGAGCAACCCAACCAGUGAAUUCCCCAGCUACGGAGAAAACGGAAAUGAUACCAGUUUACUUGUUUCACCCCUUCUGGUGGCUGGAGUAGUGAUCGGACUCGUGCUGUUUCUAUCCUGUGUUACAAUCAUCGUUGGCAGUCUGCGGAAGGACGGACGGUUAAGACACCCACAUCUGAGGAGAGAUGCUGUUUAUGCUCCAGAUGGCUUCUCGUAUGGUGGCUCUUUUGGAGAGCUGAGGUCCACCUGCUUGGAAGAACUUCCCCCAGCUUUUGAUUUUGGUUCCUAUCUGGAUACACUUUCUCAGGUCAACGUCAUGUAUCCUGAUUCACCUCCACGCUACGAUGAAUGUGUGGGGCCAGGAGCAACACAAAUAUAUAUUCCCACAGAUGAUCCCCCCCCAUAUUCUCUUACAGACCCUUGUCAAAGAAAUGAAAUAUCUAUAAACAUUAGCCUGGAAGAGGAAGCAGCAUCUGGGACUACAGGACAGGCUGCAAAUUACGCAGUGAGGCUGCAGGACUUACAGCAGCCCAUUUCAUCCAUCUCCUUGUCAUCUCUCGCUCUGGAGGCUGCUCCCCUAUACGAGACAGUGGUGUGUGAACAGAAUAUCCCCAUCCCACUUGUUCCAAUGGAAGUACUGAAAAAUUCUUCCACUGACUAUCAGACCCUUCUCAACCAAAUAAUGUGA